AUGGCCAAUGAAGAAACGAAACCUCUUCUGUCUAGAAGCAGCACCCCAAGGUCUCAGAGGUCCUACACACCUGCUAGCCCGACCUUUGAUGACAGACCUGGUUCACUGAACCAAAAUGAUCGCACAAGUCCUGUGCGUGACCGAAGCAGAGGCUCCGAUGGUAAACAGGCAAACAGAGGCUUCGAUGGUAAACUGGCAAACAGCUGCCAUAUUAAAGCAGCGUUAACAUCAAUUCUCAUAGCUGUUGUUUUUGAAAGAUUAACAUAUUACGGCCUAACUGGAAACUUAGUGCUUUUUCUGAACGAGGCCCCGUUUAACUGGGAGUCGUAUCACGCUGUUAGUGCCUCUUUCUUAUUCUUUGGAGUGACGUAUAUUAUGUCACUUCUUGGAGGCUGGAUUUCAGACUCAUUGCUUGGACGUUUCAAAACCAUCCUUCUGGCAUACGGGAUAUAUUUAUGUGGAUACGUUGUGCUGCCAUUCAUUGCUGUGAAUUAUGACAGUCAGAUGAAUAUAGAACUACCGAGCAUAUGUCCCUCAACAAACAGCAGUGCCGUAACAAAUAACACAAGUGAUCCACCAGAGACUAUAUUUGGGGAGCCGUGUGCUGGCUUGAUCAUUGGUGCCUUGACUAUUGUAGCUAUGGCAACAGGCAUUCUGAAGGCAAAUAUAUGUCCUUUUGGAGCAGACCAGCUUCUGCAAGCGAGCCAACAAAUCCAACUAAGCUUCUUCAACCUCUUCUACUGGUGUAUCAACCUGGGUAGUUUCCUGGGCCUGGGAGUCGUUGCCUACAUAGAGCAGCAGGAGAGCUUCCAGACUGGGUUCAUUAUCUGUGCAGUCUCCCUGGGCUGCUCGGCUGUAAUCUUUUCAGCAGGUCGGUGCUGCUAUGUGUGUCGUCCACGAGAUGGCAGUGUACUUACAAACAUUGUGAAAAUAUUUCAAGAAGCCUGGAGGAACAAAAGGCAGCACAAAGUGAUGAACUGUGCUCUCAAGAAAGCUAAUCAGGAAGGAUCUCACGCGGACAUUGAUGAGGCUUCACCAGCCAGUGUGAAGAUUUCAUUCUUAGACUUUGCCAAGCAUUGCAAUGGGGGCAACUUCCAUUCUUCCCUAGUGGAUGAUGUGAAGAAGUUGGGCAUGAUUCUAGCAGUCUUUGCUGUUCUCAUUCCUUACUGGCUUGUGUAUUUUCAGAUGCAGACGACGUUUGUUAUUCAAGCUCUUCACAUGAGACUGGAUGUCUUUAAUGUGAACUAUACCAUACUCCACGCUAACAACUCAGCCCAAGAGUAUCCUAUCAUAAACAAUAAUAACAAGUUUAAGUUUGCCGCAGCCUGGUUUAGCCUUUGUGAUGCAUUGGUCGUGAUCAUUCUCCUGCCACUGUUUGAUCGGGUGAUUUACCCAAGGAUGGCCAAAGCCGGAUACCCUUUCACUUUUGGCAAGCGCAUCGUUUUAGGAAUGCUGUUUGCGGCUGCUUCCAUGGUGGUGGCGGGGUUCGUGGAGCAGUUCCGGUUGAAAGCUUACUGGCCCACCAGUAAUCCCUGUGAGAGUCAUGCUGUGCUGCAGAUAAUUGGGGAUACAGUGUACUACGCUGCAGACAUGUCUGUCUUAUGGCAGAUCCCACAAUACACACUGAUUGGCAUCAGUGAGGUCUUUGCAAGUGUUGCCUGUCUGCAGUUUGCUGUGACUGUAGCACCCAAAUCCAUGAAAGCAGUAGUUACUGGCAUAUUUUACUUCUUCUCAGGAGUUGCCAGUUUUAUUGGGGUUGCCGUUGUGUUAAUCCUGCAGCGGACGAACACAUGGUUUCAAAGUGGCGACUAUGGAGACAUCAACUGCCGGAAACAGUGUUAUUUGGCAGGUAAAAUGCCACCUGGCGACUGCCAUCUGGACUACUACUUUUUCUCCCUGGCAGGAUGGGAAGCUGUAGGCUUGAUUUUAUUUUUGGUCGUGGCCAAAGUGUUUCAUUUGAAUUCUGAAGUGUCUGUGGUUCGGUCAGGUGGAAAAGAAACAGGCAGUAAAAACAAACACGUACAGAGACAAAGUUCGGAACCACCGACACCGACCACAUAA